GUGAGGGGUUGUCAGCCCCGCUAGCAAAUGGCGGCGGUGAAGUCCCGCCGACCUGCCUCAAGCCACGCUCUCGGUCAUGGACCGAGCAACAGCAAGCGCGGUGGCGGCACAUGACCCGCGACUUGAGCGGCAGCGGCGGCGGCAGCAGCGGCGGUAGCAGCGGCGACUGUUGGUAUAGCCUCGACGGACAUUCCGCCAGCAGCAGCGCGGGCGGGUACUGCUGCGAUGGACCUAGCGGCAGCUGCGGCGGCGGCGGCCAUGCGAGGUUGGUGGACCGCAGCGUGACGGCGCUCGUGUACGACGGCAGCGGGUCGCGGCUGUUCGCUGCGAGCUGCGGAGCAGUGGCGGGCUGGGCGCUGAGGCAGCUGGAGCAGCCUGAGCGCGUUCCGACCUUACAUCCCCCCACCUGCCUGCUCAUCGCUCCGGAGGACUACGGCCACCGCAGCGGCAGCGGAGGUGGCAGCUGCACCAGAAGUAGCAGCAGCAGCGGCAGCCCUGUUAGAGGCAGUAGCGGCUGCGGCUGCAUGCUUUCCGCCGAUCCCGCCACCCAUGCAAGCUGCUCUUCCUCGCGCAGCACGAGUACUGCUGUCGACGGCGCCGGUAGCAACAAAAACAGGGUCGCCGCCAACACCAAGCACACUACUAUCGCCUACGCCGUUGAUAACGCCAGCGGCGGCAUGCGGGAUGCCAAUCCCAACAACCCCGCUGCCGCUGUUGGUGCAAUCGACACCUCCACCGGUUUCGCGUCCUGUCGCCCCCGCCGCCACUUCCGUCGCUCCUCCGCCGCCCCCCACCCACCCACCGUGAGCUCACUGGCAAUCUCCCACAGCGGCACUCACCUCGCAUUCGCGUUGGCAGAUGGCGCCGUACAUCUCACCAUGUACGCCACCUCCGCCGCCACCGCAACCGCCGUCGCCGUCGCCGCCGCCGCCGCCUCCAUUGGCAGCGGUGCCUUGCCGGGUGGUUGCCAUCUCGUCCCGCGCGCAGCCUGCGUGCGAUUGUUGCCGCCGGGUCCGCAGCCGUCGCUGCAGGCGGCCGGGCACACGCAGCCCGGUACGGCAACGCAGCUGGCGUUUACUCGGGACGAGCGGCGGUUGAUGGUCUUGGGCUUGGGGCUUAGACCCGGCGUUGAGUCGGACGUUGAGGUUGGUGACGGGAGGCGACAAAGGAGGAGCCCUGUUGCGAGUAGGCUAGCGGAGGUGGAAGCAGUGGAAGAGGAGGGCGGCUGUACCGGUGGCGGCGGCGAACGGCAUGUCUCUGGCGCCAGCGGUGGCACUCGAGGUGUCCUUGAGGUGGAAGCGGAGGCAGCAGUGGGCGGGGUGGUGCGGUACGUGCUGCACUGCUUUCCGCUGACUGGGGAAGAGGGCGCUGGG